AUGGCCCGCGGCAACCAGCGCGACAAGGCCCGCGAGGCCAACCUCAAAAAGCUGGCCGCUCAGAAAAAGGGAAACAACAUGAGCGGCACCGAGAUGCAGCGCGCCAAGGAAGGCGCCGCCGAGAUCAUGCGUCAGAAGCAGGCUGCCGCCGAGGCGAAAAAGGCUGCCGCCGCUGGCAGCAAGUAA